AUGAGGGUUUUGUUCUGCAAGAUCCAUUGUCCUUUAUUCAUAUGUUUCUGCAAACCAUCAACUGCUUCUCAUCUUUACAAUUCUAACACUUUGAAAUUAGAAAAUUCCCAUCAUGCCCUUCAAACAUCAGUUGUUGUAACUGAUCAUCAAUCGGAUCACAAUCAUGUUGAUGAGAAUCAUGAGAUUGUUGAAGCCACUGAAAAAGAGGUUUUAGAAGAUGGAAAGCAGGAAUCAGAGAUUGAGAUUUGUGUUCUUAGGAGUUGUAUGAAGAAUAAGCGCAAUUCGCAAUCGGAAUCGAAUUCGGGAUCGGGUUCUCCUGUCGACAAAAAGAAAGUGCAAUGGGUUGGGAAAAACAAUUUGCUGAUAUCAAAGAGUUUGAAUCCAGAACACUUCUGA